CCCUGGCUUCCGCUUUCUUUUCACGCGCACGCCCUGCUGCCACUGAAUAAUGAUAAUAAAGAUCAAGAUGGCUACUACAGAAUCCUGCCUGCGGUAGCUAACUACUCAUUUCAUGGAAGCGCUUAAAACUGCCGAUUCUCAAAGUAGAACCCGGUCGUCGGACGGAGAGGGGCCACAGAUGGCGGAGCCGCGGAAGGUGCCGUUCGUCACCCUCUCAUCCUUCAGCAGCUCCCCGCAGGAGAACAACAAGAAGCGGCGCCGCGAAGACGAGGCCGUGGACAUCAGUGUGGGGAGAGGUGGAGGUGGAGGAGCGGCGGGGGUCGAGUCGGGACCGGGAUCAGGACCAGCAGCAGCAGCAGGAGGAGGAGGGGGCUGCUCGAGUCCGUUUGGAAACAGGAAAGGAGGCGAGGACGGAGGAAGCGAGGAGAGGAAACCCACCGUCCGCCUCAACCUGCCGCUGUCCGAGCCCAGCGACAGGGGGUCCUCCGAGUUCAACUACGGCGAGCUGGUCCACCCAAACCCCCCCAACCCCCCCACUCAGGUAAAGACCCCGAUCUCAGCCGCCCCUAAAGGACUCGCUCCCCCUCUGGACCCCAACGACCCGUUUGCUGACGACGACCGGGAGAGACGGGAGGUCGAGGAGAUGGCCCGCAAGUUUGAGAACAAAUAUGGCGGUUGUCCAAAGAAGAAGAAAAAGGACAGGAUGCAGGAUCUCAUCGACAUCGGUUACGGCUACGAUGAGACCGACCCGUUCAUCGAUAAUUCAGAGGCCUAUGACGAGCUGGUGCCGGCGUCUCUUACCACCAAACAUGGCGGCUUCUACAUCAACACGGGGACUCUGCAGUUCAGAGCGGCGUCGGACUCGGAGGGAGAGAACGCGGGCACGGCAGAUAACCACUUCAAGAAGAUGAAAGACGGCGAGGAGCGGGUGAUAAAGAAGCGGAGGAAAAAGCAAGAUGGUGGAAUUCUGGAGGAGAAGAAACCCAGAAAGAACAAACUACCAAAGACCGGAGUUUCAGCGCUGAGUGUUCACCGUCCAGAGAAGAAGAAGAGGAAGAAGCUGAUGAAGGACUCUCUGCACCUCGCCAACAUGCUGCGCCGCUUCACCCGAGAGAAGGAGGAGAUCAGAAAGAAGAACGUCGGUGCAGCCGGUCUGCAGCGACCCAACGCCAAAGUGCCAAACGCCAACAGUGCUCUCCUCAACGCCCACGCCAAGGCCGCCGGCGGCAACGACUGCCACGUCACCGACCUGACCCCCGACCCCGCCGUGAUGUCACUGCUGGGCUCGGCCAACAACGACAUUCUGCAGGACAUGAUGGGCGACCUGGACUUCGCCAUGCUGGACUCGCCUCAUCAGCCGUCGAGUCCGGUGCAGGGAGAGAACGGCGCCUUCGGGAUGGCGCACAAAGCGGGUAUGAGCAGAGUGAUGCAGGGGACGAUGGCGCCGCCUCCGCUGCCCAGCGGACUCCCGGGCCCGCUCCUUAAACGCAUCGAAGACCUCAGAGCGGCGUCUCGUCUGUUCGAUGAAGAGGGCAGGAAGAAGUUCUUCACUUUGGACAUGAACAACAUCCUCCUGGAUAUCGAGCUGCAGGUCCAGGAGCAGCCUGCGGAGGUGCGUUCAGCCGUCUACUCUCACCUGGAGGCCUUCGUGCCCUGCAACAAAGAAGCUCUGCUCAAACGCCUGAAGAAGCUCAGUCUGAACAUUCAGGACGACCGCCUGCGAGCGCCCCUGCUGAAGCUCAAACUGGCCGUGUGCAGCGUGAUGCCCGAGCAGAUCGCUCGAUUCAACAUGGACUGUAUCGCCAAGGUGGCAAAGCAGCAGUCUGGGGAGGGAGAGAAAAACGGGUCGGAGGACGACGAUGAGGAGAAACCAGGGAAACGGGUGAUGGGCCCGCGGAAGAAGUUUGUCUGGGACGACAAACUCAGGGCGUUGUUGUGUAACUUGGUGCGGGUGAAGCUGGGCUGCUACGAGCUGGAGGGCAAGAACUCGCUCUCUCUAGAGGACUACCUCAAAGCCUUCAUGGAGACUGAAGUGAAACCUCUGUGGCCUAAAGGCUGGAUGCAGGCCAGGAUGUUGUUCAAAGAGAGCAUCAUGGCUCAUGGUCACCUGACAGGAUACACAGUAAAGAAAAGAAUGGUUCCUAAUCCCAAGACCCCCAAGCUGAAGGAGGCUGUGUGGGUUCAUCGGUCCACACCUUCAGCAGGUGUCACCCCCUCCCCCGCAGCUCAGGUUGCCAAGCGACCGCCUCAGUCCCCGGCUGAGCCCAUAUGUCUCGACUCCCUCGACGAGGAUCUGACGGCGCCCUCGCUGGACUCCAUCUCUCAGGCUCUGGCCAUCCUCGGAAACGCAGCCAAGGGAUUGGCCCACGGGGACAGCCCCCCCUCCCCCGAACUACCCAAAGCUUCCCCCGCCGCCCCCUCCUCCCUCCACUCCUCGCCGCUCCUCCAGCAUCAGAAGAAGAACUCUGUCGGCACUCCCAGCUCCAACGCACCUCUCUACAUCUCUACCUCUUCGCCCGCCCCUCAGUCGCCCCCCUCCCUCACCUCCUCGCCCUCCGUCAGGGUGGACGCAAUGGGGGUGGUGAAGGGCGGCGUUCAGGUGCACAGACUCUCCGUGCUGAACGCUCAGAGACCUUUAGUCGUGGCCGUGGGUAAAGGGAACAUGACUGCCUCGGCGUCGCCUCCUAAGCCGCGCCCGCCCCCCACCGCGUCUCCGUUGGUGGCGCCAGGUUCAAAGAUGGGGGUCUCCACGCCCCCGUCCAGCCUCCUCAAAGGCAGCAAUAAUAAUAAAGCCAUCGGUGGUGACACUCUGAUCAUCACGUCGCCUCAGUCCCGCCUCCACACACUCUCAUCCAACACACAUAUCAAAACCUACCAGGCGCCCCGCCCGACCCAGAACCUGCCCCCUAAACCGUCCCACCCCGUAAUCCAGCCCCAGCCUCAGUCCAACUUCAUCACCCCCAUGCACGCCACCCUCACUAAAUCCUCCCACAGCAGCAUCCCGCCGAUCGUCAAACUCACCCCACGCGCCCCCAACCCCGUGGUCACCUCCAUCCCCUCCUCAGGCUCCCCCUCCAUCUCUCUAACCCCCCGGUCUCAGGUGUCCCCCUCCAUGCACCAGUACUCCUCCAAGGGCCCAGCAGGGUUCCGCCCGCAGUUCUCAGGAGUAACCAAGCUCGGGCAAGGCAGCUACACCCCCCCGGGCGGCCAGAAGACCACCGCCAACAACAACAGCACCAACACCAGCCUUAUAAACACCAUCUCCAUAAGCAAGCAUUCAGGAUCCAGUGCCUCCCCGACUGUGGCCUCCCCCAGCUCGGGGCAGCGACAGAGGCCCGGGGGUGGGACACCUCAGGGGGCCAAGCCGGUCGUGUCUCUCCCAAACUCAUCCGUCUCUUCUCAGUUAGCACAGGUCUCCACAGCAGGUACCGGCGGCCUCCUGGGCUCGCCCUCCUCUCUUCCUCUGGGUUUCGGGAUGCUGGGGGGCCUGGUCCCCGUGUCCCUGCCCUUCCAGUUCCCCUCGUUGCUAAACCUGCCGUCGCUGGCUACGGCGGGCUCCAGCACGGCAGCCAGCAGCGCUGCAGCCAAUAGCAAUGCAUCGUUCUCUACGCUGACCCAGAAUCUGUAUAAGAGUCUCCAGUCAGGGUCUCAGGUUGCUCUGCCUCCUCACUUGCAGCUCGCUUUCUCAGAUGUCACUCAAAGCCAAGGAGGAGACGCCGCCAAGAGGAAGACGCUAUGAUAAAAGCUGGACCUCCACGCCGCAAUGACGUUUAAUCGUGCGGACAAAUCAGGACAGACUUUUGACUUUUAGGGCUCACCGGGCUCCGAGACAAUACUCGCUCAACUUUUCAUGAUGACUACGGCGAAAUCUAACUUUUUAAAAACAAUUUGAUAAAUUUGAAAUGACGAACACAGUUUGUCGAUGUUUACAAGAACGACCUAUAUCACUGUGGACAGGGAGGAGGGAUGAAUGGGGUUUUUAGGUGUGUGUGUGCGUGCGUGUGAGCACGAGGGUGAAUGAGUGUGUUUGGGUUAGUGGGAUCGGACGCGUGCCUUUGUGUGUCUCCCUCUCUGAUGCAUGGUCCGUGUGUCUAUUCGGUGCUGUUUUUAUCACGAUGUAAUUAUCACCUGUAUAAACUGCAAAUUGAAUUUGAGCUUCUUUUUUUCCCUCAAUGAGAGUUAUACUCUUUUCAUUCUACUUGAACUCUUGGGUGAUUUUGUGACUGUAUAGAACUCAAAACUGCUUUUAAUUAAAAUCUUUUCCCUCAUGAA